AUGCGGUCAACCGUCCGCGCCCUUGCAACUGCAGUGUUGCUGGGCACGACCUUUGCCACACCUGCACCGGCUCCUCAAGCACAGGUUGCUGCUGCACCCGUCAACACGACGAAUAAUCAGCCAGUCAACAAUCAGGAACAGACUAUUCAUGUUCAGUUGCCCGGACCUCUGGGCGGACCCGGCGGUCGUGCAUACCGCACGGCUGCAUUCCUUCCCCCGGGUCAGAGGCUGGCUCCCCAAUUAUCACAGAAAGCAACGAACGGAAACAGCCCGCUGGGUCUUCUGCAGGCACCACGACUGCCGGACUUUCUAACAGGAGGGCCCUUACCCAAUGGAUACCCUUGGGCCGGCAGAACCGCCAAGAAUACGAAUUACUAUACCGAUACUCCGAACACCGGCGUUACGAGAAAUUAUGACUUUACAAUCACACGACAGACGAUUGCACCGGAUGGCGUUGAGAAAGAUGGUCUCGUUAUUAAUGGAGCUUUCCCUGGCCCCACAAUUGAAGCAAAUUGGGGCGAUUGGAUUGAAGUCACAGUUCACAAUCAGCUGGAUGAAGGUACGUACUUUCCUAUCACAUCCGGCACCCAGGGGGAACUAUGCCGUAGAUUUAACUGAGACAAUAUACAGGUACUUCGCUGCACUGGCACGGACUCUUGCAAAGAGAAACGCCUUGGUCGUAAGUUUUCCCAGUUCUGUGGAGAACUUUCCAAAAUCCUUCGAAUUUCCAGUGACGACGACUGACACGUUCGUAUUUCCGCAGUGAUGGAGUCCCUGGCGUGCAGCAAUGCCCGAUCGCGCCCUCAGUGAGCUUUACCUACCGCUUCCGUGCAGAUCUUCCUGGAACGUCGUGGUACCAUAGCCAUUAUUCGGCGCAGAUGGCUGGUGGUCUCUUCGGACCGCUUAUCAUCUAUGGCCCAACGGACAACACUCAGUACGACGAGGAUCUCGGACCGGUGAUGGUGAACGACUGGUAUCACACGGAGUACUUUCAGCUUGUGCAGCAGGCUAUGGCACCGACAGCCGCGGGAUUGGCACCACCAUUGUCGAACAAUGUGCUUAUUAAUGGAAAGAUGAAUUAUCCCUGCGCGAACGUGACGAGUUCACAGAAGUGCACGCCGAAUGCCGGUGUGUCGAAGUUCAAGUUCACGUCCGGGAAGACUUACCGACUCCGAGUUAUCAACGCUGGUGUGGAAGCUAUACAGAAGUUCAGCAUUGAUGGCCACAAGAUGACCGUCUUUGCGAAUGAUUUCGUGCCGAUAACGCCCUACACGACCGACGUCCUGACUCUCGGCGUAGGGCAGCGUUCUGAUGUGGUCGUUAAGGCUACUGGAAGACCCACCGACUCCUACUGGAUGCGAUCAGACCUUGGACCCAGCUUCUUCGAGGGAGGCUGCUCACUGCACGAUGGAACCUCUCCGACAGCGCUGGCCGCAAUCUACUACGAGAGAGCCGACAACUCUACCGUUCCCACCAGCAACUCUACUGUCUCCAGCACGGCUCUGACAACCUGCCAGAACGACGACUUAAGCGCUACCGUCCCCUGUCAUGCCAUCCAGCCACCGUCCCAACCAGCCAGCUCUCAGAACUUGGACGUCACCCUGCAAAGCAACGGAACACACAACCUCUUCUACGUCAACAAUUCGACCUUCCGCGUCGACUACAACGACCCCGUCCUCCUCGACGCCAAGAACGGCCAGACCCGCUUCCCGUCCGAAUACAACGUCUACGACUUCGGCCAGAGCUCUUCCAUCCGCCUGGUCAUCUACAACCACGCCCAGGCCGGCUCCCACCCCAUGCACUGGCACGGCCACAACAUGUACGUCCUCGCCGUCGGGUUCGGCACCUGGGACGGCACCAUCACCAACCCGUCCAACCCGCAACGUCGCGACGUGCAGAUCCUCCCCAACCCCCAGAGCGCCUCCGUGCCCGCCUACAUCGUGAUCCAGAUCGACGCGGACAACCCCGGCGUCUGGCCCAUGCAUUGCCACAUCGCGUGGCAUCUGAGCGAGGGCUUGUACAUCACCGUCCUGGAACGGCCGCGGGAUAUUCGCAACGACAUGCAGAUUCCGCAGGAGAUGGCGCAGACUUGUACGGACUGGCAGAGCUAUACGCAGAGUAAUGUUCCGGAGCAGAUUGAUUCUGGGUUGAAGAGGAGGAGGAGUAGGAGGAGCACGACGACGAGGAGCACGACGACGAGGAACACGAGGAUGAUGAAGAGGGUGUAA